UAUUGUCCAAAAAAGCGGAUUUCCAGAUGUAGCCGAACUGGGUCUGACUCGGUGGCAGAUAUAGAGGACUCGGGUGGUGAUGAUGGGCUAACUCAGAAGAAGAAGAAGCAGAAUCGAGUUCACGGCUCACUUUUGCAUAAAUUUAGGAGGAAAAGAGGCUUAUCUGUUACUGAUAUUACUGCCGGGGAAUGGUGUGAGAAACAAAUGGAGUUUACUCUGAACCUUGGCAGAGCAAAAUCAAAUAAAGCUAUGGAAGCUGGUAUUGCUCGCCAUGCAGCACUUGAAGAAGAGGUUGUCAAAAAGGUCAAAAUCCAUGCUGCAUCCGUUGAAGACACAUGGGCUGUGAAGUUUAUGAAUUUUAUACUUGGGGCAAAUCAGUUGCUAUUUGAUGGACUGACGCGUGAAUUGCCUUUAGUAAGCUUUGAAGAAGGUCUAUGGAUGGUGGGAGUAAUUGAUGAAAUUCGAAUGCCUGUUACAGAAACUGAAAGAUAUCCUACAUUAGUUGAUACAAAAACUCGUGCACGAGCAAAGCUUCCUACUGAAGCACAACAGAGAAAUGGAAGGCUUCAGUUGAUGUGCUACAAGCGUCUGUGGGACAAUUUAGUGGCUGAUAAAUUUCCUUCUGGACAGUUUUUUGAUUUCUUUGCUUUGAAUCCUCACGUCAUUCUUUCAGAUGAGAUCAGAGAGCACACAGCCAAAUCAGGUUUUCCUGCAGAUACUCUGAAUGAUUUGGUGGCAUACUAUCGAAAUACUUGUUGUAUGCUGCCUCCAGCUCAGGACCAACUGCUACUAAGGUAUGAAUACCAAGAAGAUCAAUCUUUGAUCGGCGAAGAUCAGUUUGCUUAUGAUGCUGAUUGGCUCAAUAAUCAACUCAAGUCUUGUCUGGAGUUCUGGCGAGGGAACGAGAACCCAGUUAUGCUGCAGAAGAGGAGCGGUGGAAAUGCAACUUCUGUAGUUUUUAUUCCCAGUGUCCAGCAAACUCCAAACUUGAUCCACCUAGCUAAAGAAGUAGCCGAAAUAUCAAUUUUUUCACAAGGUUGCAUUCGAUCAGAUUUCAGAUUCGAACUGGAAUGCUUACUUUGAAGGAGCAUGAAUUUGCUGAUGAGCUUCUUCGUGGUUCAUUUGGCAGUUCUUGUCGGUCAUCUCAAAUUACUGAUUUAUUCAUUCUUGUUACUACUGUACUCUCAGUGCUGCUGAGGGAUUUGAUUAUUCAUUGUUGUAGCAAGAAAAUGUCACUGAUCUCCUUGAUCGG